AUGGUUCACAUCAUUAUACAAUCUAGAUAUGACAGUUUUUCCAAGCAGUUAACAUGCUUAACUGUACCAGCGAUUUCGGGUUUAGUACCUACUGAAAUUUUUCCGCGCAGCUCCAUCAGCGUGCCCUCAAAUAUUCGAUUGGCGGAUCCGGAAUUCCACUUACCGCGUCCGGUCGACUUAUUAAUCGGUUCCGGAGCGACGUUGUCGCUAUUUGCGAUCGGUCAAAUAAAUUUGUCGAAAGAAAAUUAUGAUUUAUACCUCCAAAAAACUCGUUUAGGUUGGGUGGUAGCCGGAGGGGCAUCCACGCCGAAUCCUUCUAAAAACGUCGUAUGUCAUUUAACAAACUUAGAGAAUUUAUUGUCUAAAUUCUGGGAAAUUGAAGAAGUCAUAAUAAAUAAACCAUUAUCGGAAGAGGAAAAUGAAUGCGAGAAGCAUUUCAUGGAAACGGUUUCACGUAACGAUGACAGCCGGUAUACUGUUCGGUUACCAUUUCGUAAGAUAGAUAAACAUCUAGGCGUAUUACGUGCUAUUGCUUUUAGAUGUUUAUUAUCUUUAGAACGUAAAUUGGAAGCUAAUGUGACGUUAAAAACUGCUUACAUGCAAGUGAUAGACGAUUAUUUAAAAUUAGGACACAUGUCUCGAGUCAGCGAUUCCGAGGAAAAGGGAUACUAUAUGCCUCAUCACGCGGUGAUUAAAGACGCGAGUAACACCACGAAGGUACGAGUGGUUUUCGAUGCAUCCGCGAAAACGAAUAAUGGAAUGUCCUUGAAUGAUUUAUUAAUGGUAGGACCGACUAUCCAAAACAAAUUAGUAGCUCAUUUAAUCCGGUUCCGUACCUACAACUACGUUCUCACGGCGGAUAUCGAAAAGAUGUACCGUCAGGUAUGGGUACACCAGGAAGAUCGACAUUAUCAGCGAAUUCUGUGGCGCGUGAAUAACGAAGUAGAAACUUUUCAAUUAAAUACGCUUACGUUCGGCGUUUUUUCAUCGUCGUUCUUGGCAAUUCGCACGAUUCAGAAACUCGCGGAUGAUGAAUGUCACGCGUAUCCCAAAGCGGCGAAAAUUCUCAAGCAGCAUCUGUAUGUAGAUGACUUAUUGACCGGUGCCGAUACAAUAAUUGAAGCUCGUACGAUUAGAGAUGAUAUUAUCGCGUUAUUAUCCCGAGGUGGUUUUAUUAUCAGACAGUGGGCAUCGAAUGACGAACGUGUUGUUAGUGAUUUGGUCUCUAACGCGUUACACACGAAUCUGAUAUUAGAUGAAAAUCGAACUUUAAAGACAUUAGGUGUAACGUGGAGCACGCGCGACGACCGAAUAUAUUAUUCGGCUAAUCCAAUCGGGACCAUAGAAAGAUUAACCAAGAGAAACAUUUUGUCUGAGAUUGCGAAAAUUUAUGAUCCAUUAGGUUUAUUAGGCCCGGUAAUUUUGCAUGUCAAAAAAUUGGUUCAAGACCUAUGGCGUUGCGGAGUGCAGUAG